CCAAAAACGAGCUGGGAUGGCGCAGCGGCAACCGACGCGGCCCGCCGGUGGACGCAUGCCAGCCACGUCCAUCAAAGCGACGCGGAACCUCAUGGGCAUCGAGAAGCUUCCGCGCAUCGCUUCGCCGCGAGACACGCCCGGCGACCAGCUCAUGGCCAAGCCACCGCCCGAGGCCGACGACGGCGACGACGAGGCCCAGCGCGUCCAAGGCUAUGACCUCCAAUAUUGCGAGAGCAUGCUCGUCGCGAUUGAGAAGGAAAGCACACAAAACAGCCAGCGGUACCUCAAUAUGCUCGAGUUCAAGGAAGGCAAAGAUCCCAAGCUCGAGUCGAUGCGUGCGGGCUUCAAGUCACUCACGGACGAGCUGCACGAGCUAGAAGUGCUGUGUGCGAGCGGCUGGGACACGGACGACAUUGACGAAGCGCUGCGUCGACUUCCUCGCGACGUGGUUGCCACCGAAGCCCAUCGCUGGGCUUCUUCGUCAUGAGCACAGCAAUCAAUACAACGAGUACGAGUAGCAAGUCACAGCUUGUUCAUUCAUGAG